CCGUGGCGCGGAAGUGACGCCACUUCCUCGGUCUGAGGGCGGGGCUUUGGAGCUGCGUGUUGAGGUCUACCCGUGGACCGCAUGGAAGAGAAGACUCUUGGAAUUGCAACACCCAGAAAACCUGUCUUAUCUGUCAGUGCAAGAAAAAUUAAGGACAAUGCAGCCGAUUGGCAUAACUUAAUCCUGAAAUGGGAAAGCCUCAGUGAUGCCGGCUUUACCACUGCAAGCAAUAUUGCCAACCUGAAAGUCAGCUUGUUGAGUAAAGAGAAGGUUGAACUAGAGAGCAGCAGCCCAGGCUCCAGUGAAAAGGAAGAGAAGACGAGUCUGGAAUACCAUAAGGAACUUGAAGUGCUGUGUGAGGAACUGCAGGCCACCUUGGAUGGCUUGACUAAGAUACAAAUGAAAAUGGAAAAGCUGUCUUCAACCACCAAGGGAAUUUGUGAACUAGAAAAUUAUCAUUACAAGGAAGAAAGGAACCGGCCCCCUCUGUUUCACACAUGGCCCACAGCCUUCUUUUAUGAGGUCUCCCACCGGCUCUCCAGUGCAUACAAGAAGGAGCUCCUCCUGAAGCACACCAUUGGUGCAGAGCUGGCCCACACUGCUGACCGCAACCUCAGCCUGACCUACCUGUCUAUGUGGCUGCACCAGCCGUACAUAGAGAGCGACAGCAAGCUGCAGCUGGAGAGCAUGCUGCUGGAAACAGGGCAUCGGGCCCUGUGACUCCCCGGCCACCCUGCCUGUGAGCAGGGCCCCAGGGCCAGCCACUAGGACCUCUCCAGACACACACAAGCACUUGUGCAGCUGUCCUCUCCUCUGCCUUGUCCCAGGUUAUCAUGUGAGCACCGAGUGAGAUAGAUGAGAAGAAUGGCAGAGGGGUCUCAUUUGUAAACUGAGUGUUCUUUACAUAUUACACCUGUGCAGACAAUCCUGCCUUCCUGGUUUUAAUUUGUACCUAUCCACUGUUGGUUUGGUUUUUGUGGUACUGGGAAUCAAACCCAGAUUUCACACAAGCUGAAUACUUAACCACUGGGCCACAUCCCCAGCCCUGUGCUUAAAAUUUGAAGAGAACGUUUUAGUUUUGUAAUUAUAAAUUAAGUCCUAUAAAUAUCUGAAGUUUAAAAUCUUGUCACUUUUGAAGGUUUUAUUUUUACUGUAUCUGUGUCUGUGUCUGUGCCACAAUGUACAGAUGACCAGGGUGACCAUAAACAGGAGUGGGAUCCUUGGAGCUAGAGUUACAGGUGGUUGUCACCCACCUGACCUUGUUAGGAACCAAACUCGAGUCCUCUGGAAGAGCAGUUCAUGCUCUCCUAUAGCUAGAGAGAUAUAUAUAUUAAAUAUAUUCAAUAAUACAUAUAAAUGUAUAUUUUAAAAUAUAUAAAUAUAUAUUUUAAUCCUGUAGAGUUAACUGAGUUUUGUGUCAUAGAAAUGAAAACCCAAAAUUGCUGAAAUGAAACCAUGGGAUAAGCCAAUAAAAAGGCCAGUGAUCACGACUGUUUA